CCGACUGUCCAACCUAUCUGAUCUCUCUCUCAUCAUGGCUCCAGCGGCGGACAGGCCGGGCUACUGGGGAACACCGACCUCAACUCUCGACUGGUGCGAGGAGAAUUAUGUGGUCUCGUAUUACAUCGCAGAAUUCUGGAAUACUGUCAGUAACCUGAUAAUGAUCCUACCUCCCAUUUAUGGAGCCAUUCAGACGUGUAAAGAUGGUUUGGAAGUACGCUAUGUGUGGUCCUUUUUAGGAAUUGCUGCCGUAGGCAUUGGUUCAUGGAGCUUCCACAUGACACUACAGUAUGAAAUGCAGUUACUGGAUGAGCUGCCAAUGAUCUACAGCUGCUGCGUCUUUGUCUACUGCCUAUAUGAAUGCUUCAUGCAAGAGCGUGCUGUUAACUAUUUGUCAAUUACACUUUUGCUGACCUUCAGUAUUAUUGUUAGCGUGGUUUACCUGAUAUGGAAGGAGCCUGUGUUUCAUCAGGUCAUGUACGCCGUACUUGUGGCUUUCUUGGUGAUUCGCUCUGUUUUCAUAGUCACAUGGGUGUAUCCGUGGCUCAGAGCCCUCGGCUUUACAUCAUUAAGUGUCUUCCUGUUGGGAUUCAUAUUAUGGAACAUCGAUAAUAUCUUUUGUGACUCUCUAAGAGCAACACGGCAGCGGCUGCCCCCUGUGGUCGGAGCAGUUACGCAGCUUCAUGCCUGGUGGCACAUUCUAACAGGCCUGGGUUCAUAUUUACACAUACUCCUCAGCCUUCAGAUUCGUUUGACCUACCUCAAGCACAGACCAAAAGUGAAGUUUUUAUGUGGCGUUUGGCCGAUACUGCACACUGAAUCUCAGAAGGCAAGUUGAAAGGGACCUCAGAAGAGGAAGAUGGACCAAUCACAGACCUCAGAAAGGCAGAGGUCCAGCCAAUGAGCUUCAAUGGCAGCAGGAAGUGACCAGCGGCUGUCGGUUUGGUUCCCCCUUAUUCCCUUGUUCCCCUUCCCACUCUGUUUGCCAAAUGCAUUACUGAGAAAGCUGCCAAAUGAAGGAAAGCUUUUGUCAUUAUUAUAGGUUAGAUGAGCGGUUUGUCGUUUUGUGAUUUUGCACACUAUAAUAUGUAUAAAAAUUGUCUUAUAAAUCUGAGGGUCUAAUUAGCGAGAAAGAAGCGGCCAAAACUAGGAUUUGAUUCUGGCUGGUAUUCCUUUGUUGCCUUCAUGAGGGAAACUAAUAUAGGUUUGAUGGAUCAUAUCUAGUCAGAUUGGCAUCUCAUAUUUUGUACUUGAAUUUAAUGUACCUAACCUGAGAUUAUGCUACAUUUUUACUUGUCUCUACAUUUUUAGAGAUUAUGAAGGUCAAAUUAAACAGAUCAGAAAAAUGAAUAAGUGUUAAUAAGUUGGGAGUAAAGUAU